ACCGCCCCUCCCCCACCCCGAGCUCCGGUUUCAGACCCUGUGACCAGGACAGCAGCUGCCCAGAGGGAGGGGGUGCACUCCCCCCUCUGACCACGGGGGCUCCAGAGUCCCGGCCUCCCUUCCCUCGGUCUGCCUGCCCUCCCCCGGGUCUCUCCGGGACUGGUCCCCACCCAGCCGCACGUACUGGGAUUCAGUGGUGAUGGGUGAGCCGGCCCAGUGGACCUGUUCAGCCACAUCUUGUCUUUUUAACUAGGUUGCAGGCUCCCUGGGGAUUUUUGGUCUUGACUCCAAGGUGUGCCUCUGCUCUAGAGUGGAAACUGAGGGGUUUCUUUGGGGGUCCUGUGGGGGACAGGUGUCCCAGUAGGCACCUGCUAUCACCCCACUCUUUUGAUGGAGGCCCCUGCUUUGAAGAGUGAUGGAUGAAUGUCAGAAGGUACUGCACAGGAUUUGGCCUUGGCCUCCUGGGCCCAGCCCAGAGAUAGAGAAGACUUCACUGGGAGUCCUGGAAGCAGAAAGAUAGGCCAAACCAGCAGUUCCUACCGUCCCACUGGCUGCCACUUGGAGCCCACCCAGACCAGCCUGACCAAUGUCCACAGCCAGGGAGCAGCCCAUCUUCAGCACACGGGCACACGUGUUCCAGAUCGACCCGGCCACCAAGCGGAACUGGAUCCCUGCGGGCAAACACGCACUCACUGUCUCCUACUUUUACGAUGCCACCCGCAACGUCUACCGAAUCAUCAGCCUUGGGGGUGCCAAGGCCAUCAUCAACAGCACUGUCACUCCCAACAUGACCUUCACUAAAACCUCCCAGAAGUUUGGACAGUGGGCAGACAGCCGCGCCAACACUGUCUAUGGCCUUGGCUUUGCUUCUGAACAGCAUCUGACUCAGUUUGCUGAGAAGUUCCAGGAAGUGAAGGAAGCAGCAAGGCUGGCACGGGAGAAAUCUCAGGAUGGGGGAGAACUCACCAGUCCAGCCCUGGGGCUCACUGCCCACCAGGUGCCUCCGAGCCCCCUCGUCAGCGCCAAUGGCCCCGGCGAUGAGAAGCUAUUUCGCAGCCAGAGCGCGGAUGCCCCGGGCCCCGCUGAACGCGAGCGGCUCAAAAAGAUGCUGUCCGAAGGCUCCGUGGGCGAGGUGCAGUGGGAGGCCGAGUUCUUCGCGCUGCAGGACAGUAACAACAAGUUGGCGGGCGCCCUGCGAGAGGCCAACGCGGCCGCCGCCCAGUGGAGGCAGCAGCUGGAGGCCCAGCGCGCAGAGGCUGAGAGGCUGCGGCAGCGGGUGGCUGAGCUGGAAGCCCAGGCUGCCGCCGAGCCACCUGCAGGCAGUGAGAAGGAGGGACCCGGCCAGUCAUUGGAGCAGCUGGAGGCACUGGUGCAAACUAAAGACCAGGAGAUCCAGACUCUGAGGAGCCAGACUAGUGGGUCCCGUGAGGCCGCAGACACCGCUGAACGUGAGGAGACACAGCAGAAGGUGCAGGACCUGGAAACGCGGAACGCGGAGCUGGAGCACCAGCUGCGGGCCACGGAGCGCAGCCUGGAGGAGGCCCGGGUCGAGCGGGAGCGGGCCCGGGCCGAGGUGGGCCGGGCCGCGCAGCUGCUGGACGUCAGGCUGUUUGAGCUGAGCGAGCUGCGGGAGGGGCUGGCCCGCCUGGCCGAGGGCGCGCCCUGAGUCCGGCCUCCGGGUCUGCAUAGAAGGGGCCUGUGGGAGCUGGUUUUACACUAACGACUCCCGCCUGGGGCACAGGCCAGGCCGCAGGCGGCACAGUGGGCCAAGCCCCCUGGCAGGGACGGGGGCCCGACUCAGCCUGGGGAGGGCUUGUCCACAGGACUCCAGCCGGCCCUGGCUGUUCACAGCUCAGAGGCUGUUUUUGAGCUUUUCAUUGUGUAGAAUUUCUAGACUCCCCAGGGUGCGUGCUGGUGCCCAAAUUACAUUUCUAAGCGUG